UACUUUAACUGUUUUCCAUUCUCCUUCUUUAUUCAAGGCAAACAACAUGGAAAAUGGCGCAAACUUGUUCUACAAUUUGAUGAUAGUCAAUUACCUUUACAGAAGACAGUUUAUCAGCAAAUUAAAGUGAGAUGGAACUUUUGGUACCAACUAUCUCAGAUGUUGUAUUCAAGUAUUCGUGGUUAAUAAAAAAUUAUAAGAAAACAAUAGCAAAAAAAAGUUGUAUAGACAGUCCUCCCUUUGAUCUAAAAGUAAAUGGAAUUUUUAUCUCAUGGAAUUUAUCGAUUAGAUUUUGGAAGAAUCCGGAAGGAAAACGUAUAAAAAAUCCAAUUGUUUUAUGUCUAAAUAUUCUCAACUGUGGUAUGAAUGAUGUUGAACAGAUAAAAAUUAGAUUUCAAUUUGCGGUGUUCAAUGCCGAACUCAAUAGUUUGGAGUAUUGUCAUGUCAGUCGAACAAUUCUAGAGCUUAAAUCAACGUCAAAUAUUAUUUCUCUUGGAUAUCGAGAUCUUUCAAUUUUUGAUAGACAUUUACAGAAAAAUGGUGAAUUAACGUUAAUGGUAAAAAUACAAUUAGUACAAAGCGAAAGUGAGAAGCAAUGUUUAACUCAAGACAUACCAAAAUCAUCAAAACAUUCUAAAGGUGCAGACACUAGGUUAAUGAGCGAUGGGAAUUGUUGGGAGGAAAUGCCAGCUUUGGAAUGCAAGUAAUGUCAUCACACAAAAUACCAAUAUACUAUCAAACGUCAAUAGUGACUAAUAACCUAGAAGAUGGACACUUUUCGCUAUGAUACAA